AUGGAUCAAUCUGAAUCUAUGGAGACAAAUACAAAUACAGAUGAAACAUCAAAUUCGUUGCCAACAACAACAGAAGCUGAAGUCAUGGUAAAAAAAAAGUUUACACGUGUUAAAUUCAUUAUCAUUGUUACUGUUUUGAUUCUUUUACUUGUUGGUAUACCUGUAAGUAUUGUUUUGACAAAGAAAUCGGAUACAAAUGCAACAAAGAUGAUGACAAACAAGGUAACAACAACAGAAAUAACAACAAAACCAGUCAUACCUUGUGAUACUUCAUGCGUUAACACGACAACAUCAACAGCAAGCUCACUUUCAGCGUUAUAUUUAUUUGAUUCUAAUACAAUAGAUUACACAGGUAAUUACAAUGGUACACCAGUUGGUAACCCUAGCUAUGUUCCUGGUUAUGUUGGGUAUGCUCUCAAACUUAACUCUUCAUCUAGUCAAUUUGUAAGAUUGCCAUCAACAUUUACAUUUUAUAAUCGCAGUUCGACAGUUGAAUUAUGGAUUAAUCUACAAUCACCACUUUAUUCGACAUCCACACCUUCGGAAGUCAAUAUCAUAAAUCAAUGUGCAUCACCUACUCCACAGAAUUGUCUAUUCUAUUCAAUACGUCACCAAACUCUUUAUCAAGCCUUCGGCUAUGAUGAUAAAGGUGGAACAACGGAUAUGUCGACAUUUCUUGGACAAUGGGUUCACCUAGCGUUUACAUAUGAUAGUAAGACACGUUUACGACAAAUCUAUUUAAAUGGAAUACCUGAGCCAACUGGUGCUAUUCCUGGUUUAACGGAUGCGUUAGAAGGUGGCCCCUAUAUGGGUAUAGGUGCACAAGCGUUUAUCGGAUGGAACGAACAUUUAGAUCCACUGACAAGUUAUUUAAAUGCAUAUGUUGAUCAUUUUUCCAUAAGUAAUCGUGCUAAAAGUGCAUCUGAAAUUAUAAAUGAUGCAACUUUAGUAACUUAUUUUUCGUUUGAUUCUGGUUCACUUGUUGAUAAUGGUCCAAAUAUGCUUUCCGGAACGGCUGUCGGACAAACAACCAUCAGUAGUGUACGAAAUCAAGCAUUGUCAUUUACAGGCAAUGCCGCAACUUCAUAUUUUCAAGUUGCUGGUCUUACUGCACUUGGUACAACGAAUGCAUCGUUCUCCUUUGCAUUAUAUAUCAAACCGACGGUUUUAUAUGGUAUUAUUGUACAUGUCUCCAUGGACCCAAGUGGAACGAAUGGUUGGUGUAUGCCAUUCAUUGGGUUUACAUCUUCUGAAUACCUAGCUGUACAAGUUUGGGAUGGUUCCAAUAUGAGAUAUGUUCUUGGUCCAAUUCUUACAGUAGACACAUGGACACAUGUGGUUCAAACAUUUAGUAUAACCAACGGUCUCAAACUAUAUAUCAAUGGAACAUUAUAUUCAUCGGCAUCAAAUGUAACUGCAUAUUCUGCAAGUGGAGUAUCAAACUAUUUGACAAUUGCAAGUACAUUAACAGCAUCUAUUUCUUCUAAUUGUUUACCAAAUGGUGUAUUGGAUUUGGAUUCAUAUAAUGGAGGUGUAGAUGAAUUGAGAGUCUAUAACAAAGAACUGACCUCUGAAGAUGUUUAUACACUUUCAAGUUCUUAA